AUGUUUCACGCUGAAACCAUUACCACCCCUAUGAAGGGGCAUUCGUCUUUUGCCAACGUGCACUCCUCCAAUGCUCGGUCGGUAUCGGCAUCGCGUAGCUUCCAGGCCAAACAGUCGAUUUCUACUGAUAAAGCCAACUGUCUUUGUGUCAGGUCAAGGUUCCAGUCAUCGGUUCACCGUGCAUACUGGGCGAUUCAAAUGACGACACCCGCUAAUAUGGACGCUACCACCGAGCCUGCAAACCACCUCACUCAGCUGAAACUCGCAAACUCGACACCAUCUUCCAACUCAUCGUGCGGGAUAGAUCCCCCAACGAGCUUAUACUUUUCUUCUAUCACGACCCCGCUACACCUCUAUUUUGGGCUCAAAGGAAAAUUCGAUAUAUGGGACAACCUUUUAGCCGAGUUACCGACCGAUGUUUUCGAUUUACCCGCCCUUGACGUGGGCUGCUGUGGAGGCAUGGCUUUGCUGAAGAUUGCCCAAUACAAGACCGACGCUGCUUCCGCUGGAUCUAGAAAGACUAUUUAUCCCAUUUAUGGGGUGGAUUCCUUCAAAAAAGCGGAUCGAAGUGGUAAUUCGCCGGAGGCGAAAUACAAUAGCGCGGCGAGCCUCGGUCUACUUGACCAUAUUGUCUUGCACACGGCCGAUUUUACACAAUUACCAGUUGAGGACGAGACAAUGGGACUGGUUACUGCAAGCCUGUCAUUUCACAGCGUGCGAAGGGCGACCCGCGAAAAGGCGAUCAUGGAAAUGGCGAGAGUUCUCCGACCGGGUGGUUUGUUGGUUGUCGUAGAGCUGAGCGGAGCUCCAAAACAAUUCAGCUAUAUAUUGAAAUCUUUGGGAUGGGAUAAAGUGGAAUUUCGGCUUGCUGGAUGGCAAAGCAUGGGCAGCUCAUGGCCAUGUGAAGUUUUGCGGGCGACAAAGCCGAUAAGCACUAUGAAUCAUGAUAAUGUGUCAACAGAAGAAACAGAAUUGAAUGCUUGA